CUGCUGCAUACACAUAACUUCAGCUCAUCCAGCAGCGAUCACAACCAGCACAGCAGAGUCCUGCAUACACUGAGCAGAUGAGCCUAGAGCAGCAGCCCCUGAUCAUGUGACUCCUCCUCCUCCAUGUGACUGAUCACAUGACGGUGACAUCAUCGCAGGUCCUGUAAGCACACGGCUCCUGUACAGUCUGCAGGUGGAGGUAUAUACGGUUGUGGUGACAUCAGGAGCGCUGGGGGAGGGGACAUUACUAUUAACCCCUUCAGGUCCACAAGGUUUUAUGACUUAAGGAAGAAGAUCACAAGAUCCAGAACUUUCUGUGUAUUUGUCUCUUUCUCCGUCUGUUGUUGUUUCUAUUAGCAGCCGCCAUUUCUCAUCAUCUCCUCUUCUUCCCUUCAGGUUUCUCCAAUCCAGGAUCCUCUGCUGAUAUCUUCUAUAUAAGAGAAUUCUCCUGGAUGACCCAUCAACCAUGGAGAGAGACAGGAACAAGAUGGCCGACAGGAUCAUAAACCUCACCCUACAGAUACUCUUCCUGCUUACUGGAGAGGAUUACACAGUAGUGAAGAAGUCCUCUAGUGGGCGCUGUCGGGCCCCUGUGUGUGAAGGAUGGGGAAGAACCCUGAGCCCAAUCCCGGGGCCCCCACCUCACUCCCUGAUACAUGAGGAAAUGGAUGAACAGAAGAUCCGAGAACUUAUCAACAAGAUGAUGGAGCUGCUGACUGGAGAGGUUCCUAUAAGGUGUCAGGACGUGGCGGUCUAUUUCUCCAUGGAGGAGUGGGAGUAUGUAGAAGGACACAAGGAUCAGUACAAGGAUCAGGUGAUGAUGGAGGAUCAGCAGCCCCUCACAUCACCAGUCAGAUCCAGUAAGAGAACAGCACCAGAGAGGUGUCCCCGUCCUCUUCUUCCACAGGAUGAUCAGAGAGAAGAUCUGAACUAUAUUAAUGUUCCAGAGACAGAUGUGAGCAGUGAUGUGCAGUAUAAGGAGGACAUUCCUACAGGGAAAAAUCUGAUCUAUAUUAAAGCUACAGACAUAAAGGAAGAAGAAGAGACAGAUGUGAGUGGUGAUGAGCAGUAUAAGGAGGACAUUCCUACAGGAAAAGAUCUGAUCUAUAUUAAUGCUACAGAUAUAAAGGAAGAAGAAGACACAGAUGUGAGCGGUGGUGAGCAGUAUAAGGAGAACACUCCUACAGGUAACUGCCCAGAUUCUUGUAGCAGGAGAUCAGAGGAGAAUCUUAUAUCUUCAGAUUAUAAAGCAGAUGAUGAUAUCACACAAGAUACAUAUGAAGAACAUUCCAUUAUCCCAGAUACACCCUCAGCCCUUCACAGCCAAGAUCUGUCAUCUCAUCCUUAUAUACAGGUCCUGUCUUCUCAUUCAUCACAGGAUGUUCAGCAAAAUAAGGAGAAGCCAUUUUCAUGUACAGAAUGUGAGAAAAGUUUUAGUCACAAAUCAUAUCUUCUUGAACAUCGAAAAAUUCACAUAGGAGAGAAACCAUUUUCAUGUUCAGAAUGUGGGAAAUGUUUUAGCCAUAAGCCAAAUCUUGUUCAACAUCAAAGAACUCACACAGGAGUGAAGCCAUUUUCAUGUUCAGAAUGUGGGAAAUGUUUUACUCAGCAAGGAAAUCUUGUAACACAUCAAAAAAUCCACACAGGGAUCAAACUGUUUUCAUGUUCAGAAUGUGAAAAAUGUUUUACUCUUAAGUCAAAUCUUGUGAUGCAUCAGAGAACCCACACAGGAGAGAAGCCAUUUUCAUGUUCAGAAUGUGGGACAUGUUUUACUCAGAAAUCCAGUCUUGUUAAACAUCAAAAAAUCCACACAGGGGUCAAACAAUUUUCAUGUUCAGAAUGUGAAAAAUGUUUUACUCUUAAAUCAAAUCUUGUGAAGCAUCAGAGAACUCACACAGGGGAGAAGCCAUUUUCAUGCACAGAAUGUAGAAAAUGUUUUACCAUGAAAUCAAGCCUUGUUGAUCAUCAAAAAACUCACACAGGAGUGAAGCCAUUUUCAUGUUCAGACUGUGGGAAAUGUUUUACUAAGCAAUCAAAUCUUGUUCAACAUAAAAAAACACACACAGGAGAGAAGCCAUAUUCAUGUUCAGAAUGUGGCAAAGGCUUUUCUCAGAAAUCCAAUCUUGCUAAACAUCAAAGAACUCACACAGGGGAGAAGUGAUUUUAAUGUUCAGAAUGUGGGAAAUGUUUUACUUGCAAACCAAGUCUUUUUGUACAUCAAAGAACUCACACAGUGGAGAAGUUAGUUUCAUGUUCACAAUGUGGAAAAUGUUUUACCCAGAAAUCAGAUGUUGGUAAACAUAAAAUAACCCACACAGGAGAGAAGCCAUUUUAUUUACAAUGUGGGAAAUGUUUUACUGAGAAAUCACAUCUUACCAGACAUACAAGAACUCACAAAGGAGAGAAGCCGAUUUAUCUAUAUAUUAACCAUGUACAUAGGAUAUCUGACAUUUAUACAUAUAUCAUAUACUGCAUCUCCAAACUUGUUCCCAAUUGUUAAUAAAAGUUUUC